UUUUUUGGGGGCAUUUCUGCCCUCCCCCUUUCGACAGUCACAUGGGCGGUUUCUGCUCUCCCGUGACAACUUUGAACAAAUAAAAAGGGAACGAGGCGUGCCAUGGCUGCUGUGUUGUUAUUGGACCGCAGGUCUUUCACAGCAUCCAACUCUCGGGCCCGGCUCAGUCCUGUCAUGUCCACCGUCCCGGUGCGGGUUCAUCUCGACUGUCCACUGCGCGUCUUCUCCCGAAAACAAACCCGCGGGGCAAACGAGAAGAAACAAGUAGGAAGUGGGUGAAAGUGUCCCGUGGAAGGCUCAUCGAGACUGAUCCCAGGCUUCUCGCACCAAACAUGUCGAACGAACGCACCCCUCUGGUGACCUCAGGGGUAUGUGGUCUGGCGGUGACCGCAGUGGCAAGCGGCAUGGAGUUGGACGCCACCACUGAAUCCGGCUCCGGGUCAUCAAGCAAAGACCCUCGAAAACUGAACACUUUUUUCGGGGUGAUGGUGCCCACCGUCCUCUCCAUGUUCAGCAUCGUGCUGUUCCUGAGAACCGGGUUUGUGGUUGGUCACGCGGGGCUGUUACAGGGUCUUUUAAUGGUGAUUGUAGCCUACACCAUUAUCUCUCUCACAAUACUGUCCAUCUGUGCCAUUUCCACCAACGGUGCUAUACAAGGGGGAGGAGCCUACUACAUGAUAAGUCGGUCUCUUGGCCCAGAGUUUGGAGGAAGCAUUGGUUUGAUGUUCUUCCUGGCCAAAGUGUUUGCAUGUGGAGAGUAUGUUCUUGGUCUUGUGGAGGCGUUACUUGAUGUGUUUGGUUCAGAUCCUGAGUCCUCUGUGUCCGAGGGGAUGCGUGUGCUUCCACAGGGCUACUGGUACUCGGUGCUGUACGCCUCAGUGGUCCUUCUGCUGUGUCUGCUCGUGUGUCUGGUGGGUGCCCACAUCUACUCCCGCACCGCCUUCGUCAUCCUGCUGGUGGUCACUGUAACCUUGCUGUCCAUCUCCGUCAGCUCUGUGGUGGUCAAACCUCGUGAUUUUGUCAUCGCCCACAAGGGGGCCGGCAACCAGACGAUCCGCUACAACGCCAGCUACACGGGCUUCAACGCCACCACUCUGAGGAACAACCUGGGCUCUGGUUACUCUUUGGACUACAGCACCAACUCUGUCAUGUCUUUUGCCACCGUGUUUGCUGUCCUGUUCACCAGCUGCACCGGGAUUAUGGCCGGAGCCAACAUGUCAGGGGAUCUGAAGACUCCGAGUGUUUCCAUCCCCAAAGGCACCAUCGUAGCCGUCUUUUACUCUUUCAUAGUCUACGUCGUCCUCUUCAUACUGGUCAGCGCCACGUGUGACAGGACCCUGUUGAUUCAGGAUUAUGGCUUCCUCCAGAGGAUAAACAUCUGGUCGCCAUUCGUCACCGUCGGGAUAUUCUGCGCUGCUCUUUCAGCUGCGAUGUGCGCUAUGAUCGGAGCGUCCCGUAUCCUCCAUGCUCUUGCUCUGGAUCAGCUCUUUGGUUUGCCAUUAGCGCCAGCUACAAUCACAUCAAGCUCCGGGAAUCCGUGGGUGGCUGUGCUGUACACCUGGGGUUUGGCACAGUGUGUAGUGUUUGCAGGCCAGCUCAAUGCCGUGGCAGGUUUGGUGACUGUUUUCUACUUGCUUGCCUACGCUGCGGUUGACCUGGCCUGUUUGGCUCUUGAGUGGGCGUCGGCACCAAAUUUCAGACCAACCUUCCAGCUCUUCUCCUGGCACACCUGCCUGCUGGGCAUCCUGAGCUGUUUAGUGAUGAUGUUCGUCAUUAACCCCGUGUACUCCUCAGGCAGCAUCGUCCUCCUGCUAGUGCUGCUGCUUUUCCUCCACUACAGAUCGCCCACCAGCAGCUGGGGCUACGUCAGCCAGGCUCUAAUUUUCCAUCAGGUGCGUAAGUAUCUGUUGAUGCUGGAUGUGAGGAAAGACCAUGUGAAGUUCUGGAGGCCGCAGAUGCUGUUAAUGGUGGCCAACCCUCGCUCUUCCUGUCAGCUCAUCCUGUUUGUCAACCAGCUGAAGAAGGGAGGACUCUAUGUGUUGGGCCAUGUGCAGCUGGGAGAUCUGGACUCUCUGCCAUCAGACCCGAUUCAGCAGCAGUACAACUUCUGGUUGAGCCUCGUCGAUAAACUCGGGGUGAAGGCCUUUGUGGACCUGACGCUGUCCCCCUCUGUCAGACAGGGAACACAGCAUCUGCUGCGCAUCACAGGCCUCGGUGGCAUGAAGCCCAACACACUGAUUUUGGGUUUCUAUGAUGGCUGCACUCCUGAGGACUUCUUCCUCCAGGAUUCUGCGUUCUGUGACUCCUCGCUCGGACAAGCGAGUGAGGGCGAAUAUAAUUUUGGGGUCGACUUGCCUUUGUUGCAGGCCCAUUUCCCACCGGUCCGACAUGUUGAGAACCCACGCUGGCUAUCGCCAGAAGAGUACGUGGGAAUAAUUUCUGACGCCAUUAAAAUGAACAAGAACGUGUGCCUCGCCCGCUAUUUCUUCCAGUUAGAGGGAGAGGGAAAAGAUAGCAAGGUGGACGGGUCGGAGCGGACGAUAGAUGUGUGGCCCCUCAACCUGCUCCAGCCCGGCAGCCGGGAUUAUGAGGACGUGUGCAGCCUGUUCCUGCUGCAGAUGGCCUGCGUGCUCAACAUGUCCAACAAAUGGCGCCACGCAAGAAUGCGAAUCUUCCUGAAUGUGGAGACUGAGUCCAGCGACCAGGGCUGGGUGGUGAACGAGGAGACGUUCCGAGAGUUGCUCCGGAAGCUGAGGAUCAGGGCGUCGAUAAAGAUCGUGCCUUGGGACUCCGUGGUGCAGCACCAUGUUCAGCCAAGCGGGGAGCCCCGAGCAGAGCCGGCGCAAGCUCUCUCCGAGGAGUUCUUGUCCGCGGUGAACAGCAUGCUGAUGGAGCACAGCGCUCAAGCCGCUGUACGCUUCCUGUACUUGCCUCGACCGACCGAUCAGCGCAGCCGCUCACAGCAGUACUUGGCUCAGGUGGAGGCGGUGACCAAUAGUUUAGGGCCAACGCUCCUGAUUCACGGGGUCACCCCAGUCACGUACACUGAUCUGUGAGCACGUGUGGCCGUUUGGUUCGCUAGUAUCGUAGAAGCAGCAAAGUCUUAUCUGGUUACAUGUAAAAUGACCACGUAAUGUAAGGAAACGUGGAUGCUGAGUUGCAGUAUGUAGCACCGGUUCCAAUAUGUUCACAUAAUGACACUUUCUAGUGGUUUUACUCGAGCUUUCCAAAGGACCACAGCCACAGAUUACAGAGUGCAUUUUUAAAAUAAGCCACUUGAGGUUUAUGCAUUUAAAUAGGUUAUUUUCUUAUUUACAUAUACUUGAACUGGCUUGGUGAUUGAGCCAAGAAAUGUGGGAAUACUAACUUUUUUGGGGUGUGAUUUAUGUUGAUACAACCUCAUGUUUGGAUCAGCUUUAAAUCUGCAAAAGUCCAAGACUCACUUUGUUUGGAGCAAUACGGGUUGUCUUUGACAUUUAAUAUAGAAAUGUCUAAACUUAAUUUCAGGGAUGAAAUUAUAAAUUUGUGUUAACCAAGGUAAAAAUCUUUUUUUCCUGAUUCAGUUUCUAAAUUAUAUUGUGUUUAAAGCAUAAUAAUUGUAAAUGUUUUUGCAGAUUUCUUUCCCUACAUGCUCAGAUUUCUGCUGGACCAAAUGAUUCAAAGACCUCUUUUUAUUUAUUUAUUUAUUUCUGACCUGAAUUGAGUUCUGAAUUUUGUUUCCAUUGCAGUUUUGCAAACCUGUCUUAUUUUGCUGGUAAAUGUGCAUCACUGGUCUUCACAAAGGGAACCGUCUUCUACAUGUGACCUCAGAAUGAUGAACAGCAUUUGUUGCUGUUGUAUGCGUUUACUUGAAAACUAUACUUGGAUUUUGUGCUUCAUGAUGCAGACUGUCAAAGUACAUAUAUACAUGAUGGUUACUCGGGAGAGCCAUUCUAAUCCAGUCUCAGUUAGGACCACGAACAAUGAUGAUUCAGACCAACUCUGGGCUGAAACCAAAGCAAGGAGUUACAUUUUGACAACACCGUUAAUUUACCCCAUGUACAGUACACAAUACAGAAUGAAAUGUUACUGCUUUCAUGUCAAAGUUGCUUUUCUAGUGUUGCAGCACUAACAUAGACCUUUCAACAUCCAUAAAAGGGCCAUUUAACAAAUAGAAAGUUGCUUCAAAGCCCAUAUGCAUGAUAUUUUGCUCAAUUACAAAGCCUGAAAGAUCUGACCUUUGGAUCCUAAAGGUCAUUACUGUAGAUGUACAUAUUAAACUGCUGUUUGUCAUCGGUGUAAAUAUAUGCCAAAUGUAAUGUGUAUUGGUAUCCACUGUAAUAUUGUUAAAUCUUCACAGAAAAUAUGUAUUUAAAAGAUUGCUUAAAUACAAUCAAUACAAACAGAU